AUGGAAGAGUAUAAGGAUUUGACCGUUGAGGGAUUGAUUAAUAAACUAAAAGGUACCAUACAUGAUGAUGAAACUCUUGAGAAAUUAAGACAUAUUAUAGAUGAGUGUGAAGAGUUACUGGUUAAUACGUGUGGUCUUUUAAAGGAUACAGUAAACAAUUUUCUUAUUGAACAAGGUUUAAUUAACAACGAUGCCGCAAAGGAUGUUUUAAAAACAUUUGAUUUAACUAAUGUUUUUGAUGGACUACGGAGAUUUGAUGAUCAAAUUGCAGCAUUAGAGUCGUCUUGUGCGUAUAUUAGGCCAGUUGAAAUUCCGCUUGGACACAGAAUGGACAAAAAACUUAAUAGAACGUCUGGUACGUAUGAACCCACACUGGACCAUCGUCUAAUCAAUUCUGUCGUUUGUGUAUGUAUUCGAGAUGAUUUACAUGCUGGAUCUCUUCAACUUGGUCAGAAACGCACGCUAAAUUUAUAUCAAGAACAUUUAGAUUUGUUGAAGAACUCGAAUUUUUCUGCAGAGAAUGUAUCAAGUACAGGCAUGCGUGGUAAUUGUUGUUUGAACGAGUCAGGAUACUUUCAUGUUACUAGUAACAAAAUAUUUGACCCAAUGCACGACUUCCUCUGUGGUAUUUGUCCAAUGAUUAUAAAAUUAGUCCUCAAACAAUAUAUAUUAGUGGAAAAGAAGUUUAAUACUAAUUAUCUAAAUGAUGUUCAGCUAUUCCGCUUACAAGCAUUUUCUCGAAAAGAAGAAUUUGUCGAGAACACUUUGAGCCGACAAUUCUUGCUGGAAUUAAAUUAUACAUUAAAUAACAAAGUACUUUUGGCAAGAUCAGUGAAAGUAAACGGUGUCGAAUUUUGUCUUGGACUAUACGUUUGUCUCGAAGUUCCAAUAGUUCGUUCAGACACUUUGCCGUUGUUUGGAAAAAUAAAAGAAAUUAUUAUUCUAAAUGGAACUGAAGUUCAUUUUUUAAUAUCGACAUGCAUAACGGUAGAAUUUAAUGUAAAUUUACAUGCAUAUCAUCUUGAAUGUAACGAAGAAUCUGACAAUCAGAAGUGUAUUGACGGUACUGUUUUUUUGGAGUUAAAAAAAGAAGAUUUAGAGCUAAUGGGCAUUAAAAUGGGCCCAAAAAUACUUUUAUUGAAAGUGUUGGGAAAUCUCAGGGCUACUGACAGUGUAAUUGAAAAAGAAAACAACAGAGAAUUUACAUCAUCUUCAAAUAUAAUUACUCCAUCAAGUGGAAAUUAUCCAUCAGCUGCUGGUAGAAGUAUUGAAAGAGCAUCAACAUCAUUUGACGUUGGUGCCACUCCAAAAUUUUCGGUACAAAUUUAUCUUUUUAAUGUAAUUUAUCUGCAGUAUCUGUCAAACCGAACAUUUAAUUCUUUUUGGUAUAUUUUAGAAAUAUGGCACGGUAACAGCGACAUUAGAAGCAAAGACUGGUUUGGAGGCCUCCAAAUAUUGAAAGCGUUAAGAUCAUCUAAAAUUUUUGAAGAUGUUAACAGGAAGGCGCUCGUAAGAAUUGUUACAUCUGAACUAGUCGACUAUCAUCAAAGCCAUUAUCCACCGCAAUCGGCUAAAUUAGCUUUGGCAAAAGCAUUAAUCACUGAAUUUCCGCGACUAAAAAAUGAAUAUUCAAAAGAUGGUUGGUACGAUGAGAACCAAGUUGAGUCCAUCAAAAAAAAAUACAUAAAAGCAGCUCUAAAAAAGUCUGAAGUACUUUCCUCUUCUUCACAGUCUGCUGACUACCAAUUUACUAGUGAAGAAAUAGAUAAAAAGAUUUCUUUAUUAAAAUUCAUUAAGCCUUCUGAUGAAAAUAAAGGAAAAAUUAUUACUUAUAUGCAAGAGACAAGAGAAUUCAGAUGGCAUUGGAUUCAAUCUGCAAGUCCAACUAUUUCAGAAGUUUUUACAACUUACCCGCGUCUCUUGGAUUACGAUGGAGAAAUAAUUGAACGCGAUUUCGAUAAUAAAUAUCCAAACGUAGCAGAUAACUUUUUGGAAAAGUUUGCCACAUAUUACGUUCCGCGCAUUAACUUCUUUGUUAAAAAUUGUAAGCCAGUCUUAUACACAGAAGCAGCCGAUAUUACUGAUGAAAAUUUGAGAGCCUUAAUCAUGUUGAGUGCAUUACUACCGGUAUCAAAUUCUGUGAUCACAAAAAGAGGUAAAGGUGUAGGUAAAGGAAAGAAAAGAAAACUCAAUGAAAGCGAUGAUAGCCCUUUACCCGUCAAAACUACAUUUCUCAAUAAAGAUCUCAUAAAAACUCUUCCGGGUAGAGAAAGAUACCAAAAUUUCAGAAAAAUCGAAAAGGGUCAGUGUCAAAAGUGGUCGAUUUGGCAUGGUAGUUCGGCCCUUUAA